GGCCCCGUUCCCGGUCCCCGUCCGCGGAGGCCCUGCCUCGGUCCCCGCCGGCAGGAGCCCGGGGAGGACCCGGCGGCGGCGCUGCUGCUGGCGGCGGCUGGAUGGAUGCGAGACCCGAGCGGACCUAGCGGCGGACGGCGGCUCUGGACUCCGGAAAGCGGAUCGCGGAGCGGACGAGACCGGACGCGCUGGCCAUGGCCUCCAACUUUAACGACAUAGUCAAGCAGGGCUACGUGAAAAUCCGCAGCAGAAAGCUGGGGAUUUUCAGGCGAUGCUGGUUGGUUUUCAAGAAGGCUUCUAGCAAAGGACCCAGAAGGUUAGAAAAAUUUCCGGAUGAAAAGGCAGCUUAUUUCAGAAACUUCCAUAAGGUAACUGAGCUGCACAAUAUCAAAAAUAUAACCAGACUGCCUCGAGAGACGAAGAAGCAUGCCGUGGCGAUUAUCUUCCAUGACGAAACGUCUAAGACAUUUGCCUGCGAGUCAGAGCUGGAGGCCGAGGAGUGGUGCAAACACCUAUGCAUGGAGUGUCUGGGGACCCGGCUCAAUGACAUCAGCCUCGGGGAGCCCGACCUCCUGGCAGCGGGGGUGCAGCGGGAACAGAAUGAACGAUUCAAUGUGUACCUUAUGCCUACACCCAAUCUGGAUAUUUAUGGUGAAUGCACAAUGCAGAUCACUCACGAGAACAUCUAUCUCUGGGAUAUCCACAAUGCCAAGGUCAAACUGGUGAUGUGGCCUCUCAGCUCACUGAGGAGAUACGGUCGGGACUCCACCUGGUUCACAUUUGAGUCAGGAAGAAUGUGUGACACAGGAGAAGGACUAUUCACUUUUCAAACAAGGGAAGGAGAAAUGAUCUAUCAGAAGGUCCAUUCUGCGACACUGGCCAUAGCAGAGCAGCAUGAGAGAUUAAUGCUAGAAAUGGAGCAGAAGGCCCGGCUUCAGACAAGUUUGACUGAACCCAUGACAUUAUCCAAAUCAAUCUCUCUUCCUCGGAGCGCAUACUGGCAUCACAUCACGCGUCAGAACAGCGUGGGAGAAAUCUACAGUUUGCAAGGUCACGGGUUUGGCUCCUCCAAGAUGUCCCGAGCGCAGACGUUUCCCAGCUACUCGGCGGAGCAAAGCGAGGAGGCGCCGCAGCCCCUGUCGCGGUCCAGCAGCUACGGCUUCAGCUACAGCUCCAGCCUCAUCCAAUGACCCGCGGGCAGCCGCCGCUGACCAGAGAGACCCCGCCCGGGCCGCCUGCGGGUCAUCGCACCCCGCCUCCUGCAAGACCAACCGCAGUACAUUGACGUGGGUCGGGUCUAGCCCCAGGCCCAUCGGAAGGUUAAAAACUGGAGUUCUGCUUCCUUGAUUCCGUGGCUAAGUCCUUUUAUUUAUUGAAUUUUCUUUGGGGGGGGGUGGGGAGGAGAUCUAUGUUUUACAAAAAUAGAAUCUAAAUCCUAUGAACAGUCUUUAAAUAAACAGAAUUCUUGGGUCUGACAGUAGCAGAAGCCUUGGCACCGAGCGCAGUUGGCCACACUGCAUUGGGGUUGUGCUUAUGUGGGGGACACCUCACCCCUCCAGCCUCCAGCUCAAUCCUCCCCUCUGGGCAAAGGGUCUGUCCUGAGGACAUGAGGGCAUCUCUGUGGCUUUCAAAGCUUUGACAGGAACAUUCCAGUAAGUUCGAAGCCCAGUGACAAUUAAGGGAAUAUGAAGUUCAGAACACACUGUGAAGCAGGGCUCUGUAGCUCCACGCCCUGUGUGUAGACAAAUAUAGGUAUGGAUGUUGCUAUAUCCAUAUAUCUAUAACAAGUAUAUAUAAAACUUGCCGAGGGGGACAGGAUGUGCACGCUUCAAUUGUUGAAAACUGUACUUUGGUGCAUUAAAAUUAAGGUUGUUAUGUUGAAUAGCUAUUUUUAAAAUAGUGCUGUAAAAAAAAAAAAAAGGCUUCUUAUUAGCAAACGUAUUUAUAUAAUCCAGUCUGCUUCUCUGACAAAUACAAGUGAAAAUGUGAAAAGGGGAACAUUUGGAAGCAAAAGAACCAAACCGUCCUGCACGUCCCAUCAUCACACUGACUUUCUGGCCAGUGCUCCUUUCUGGUUGACAAUGGUGUUGCCUUUGGCUGACCUUGGGAGCUACAUAGGAAGACUGGCUGUGAUCACUAAGAAGCUUCUAUUUAACCUCCAGGCGGGGUGGGUGGAGGGAGGGAAGAGAGACUGUAGGUGAGAAACAGUUUAAGGAAGAAAUAAAAAUACAAUUUAAAAGAACUCAGCUAUUUUACAGUCUGGAGAAGAACAAAUGGGCACAGGAUAGUAAAAUAUCAAUAUUUAAAAUUUCACCGAGGUAGUGCUCAGAGAACCCUUAGAGGUUUCUAAUUUAUUGUGUAACCAAAACUUCCUGGGCUUUAAUUUUUUCUUUUACUGGACAUGGGUCGUCUGGGAUUAUAAGAAAAAGUAGGUCAACUGUAAUUUUUUUCACCCUGACACCAAGGACAAAUCUACAAGGUUUAAAGGGAAGGGGCGUAAACUGAUGAGGUUUGGGUAAUUCUGAUCCACAUAGAUAGUUUGCUUUUCAUUUUGGAGUUUCCUCAUGUAAAAAGAAAAAUUAUCCCACCUGAAUCAUCUGAUGCCACACGCCUAAGAUGCUUCUUUCUUAAAUACUUCAGGCUGAGUUUAAGGAACAGUGAGCCCAGGUCAUGCAGGAUGAAAACCUGAUUUCUUUUUUCUUAAUAGCAAAUUUUCAUAAACUAUCAAAGUUAGUCUGUUGAAAGCGUACCUCUUUCUCUGAUCUCUGAUAGCUAUUUUUUUCUUCCCUAUCCGUAGAUUAAGUGCAGACUGACAAUAUAUUUGAGUGAAUAACUGCUGAAUAAAAAUGGUUCCAGGUCCCUCCUUGGUAAAUGUGCACUUACAGCAACUACCUAGACUCUCUGAAUCACCCAGAUAGGUCUGAAAACCCCAUCAAGAUGCUAAUCAUAGGAGUUAAUGUGGCUGCAAAAAGUAAUUAUCCUAAGCUUUCAGGGAUAAAAAGAAAAUGACCCAAACUCUCUGCACUGUGAAUUUUGCUGAGACAGCAGAGGAGCAGAUGACUGGUUCCUUCCAACUACACAGCUCUCCCUGAAAUCUCAACGUUCAGGGUUAAAAACCUCUGAAUUUCUUUAGCACAUGGCAUUUGCUUUUGAAAUGCCAUUUUUGUCAAACACACCAGAGCAACUCCCAGCUGAGACUGUUUGAGCACAGUUCCUAGUGGGCCUCUCGCUGGCUCACUCAGUUGAGCUGUUGAUUAGACCCCACAAGUCUCCACAAGCAACUGGUGGAGAAAGGCCCUCAGGGGUCCUGGUUCACAUCUCAGCUUUAUUAAUGUGCCAGAAGCACAGACAGCGAGUCCAGGGGGGAUUCUGCUAAUUAGAUGAGUCUGCUCUUGUUUCUAUUUGGUAGGAGAUAAAUGUCUGCAUGAAAUUGCUUCAGAAGCACCUUUCAGUUCUGAUUCUUACCAGUGACCAUCAUGGUGGAACACCAAUGAUCAGGCAGAACCUUGGGCCAGUUCAUUCUGAAAGUAGUAUCAUAAAAAGAGUGCAGGAGAGGAAUAUGCUUCACAAGUCUUUCAUAUAGUUUCAUCACAGUGAGAAUAAGGCUGUAAAAUAGCCCAUCGUCCAUUUUGGAGCUUUACUCUAACAUGCUCCUCCCAAAUAUACUUACAAUUGUAGCUAAGUCAGAACUGCUAAAUGAACAGCAGGAGAAUUCGUAUUAGCCUGAUGUGGUUGACACCAGGCAGGGUUCGUUGUAAUAAAUUGAGAAGGAGAUAAAUCUUCUACAAAAACCAAAGAUGGCCAGUUACGACUAUACCAGUCUCCUGAAACUUCAUAAAAUCAAUGCCACUGGAGCAACUAAAAUGGUCAUGGCAGUGUACGCAACGCGCCUGAGCUCGCAGGUUUUGAGUGAAGAUGCCUUUGUAAUUUCAAGUCAUUCCUCCCUUCAGAGAUUGUAGUCUUACUGUCUGAGACUUUUUCAUUAUAAAGAGGCAUUUCUAUGAACCAAAGACAUCUUUUGGCUCCUUCUAAAAUUGAUUCAGUUGGGGUUCCAUCUAGAUUUCUACAGAUAAAUGAAAAUGGUCAACAUUUCCAUACCAGGUUUGAAGCGACUGAUGAUGAAGGAGCCCAGCACAAAUAGUAAUCGCUGCUCAGCAGAGGAAGCCUGGCGUCUGUACACAUUGCACAGAAAGAUUACAUGAGGGAAUGUAUGUUUUAUGUCCCCAGUUUUCCUCUGGUAAUAGUAAUUAAUGUACACACAACCAACACAUGACAUUAUAGUUAAAAUGCAGAAAAGUACAAAAUAACCUUGAUCCAGUAUUUAACUGUAUUAACUAUAAAGUACACACACCUUUCACUUAUGGAGCCAACAAUAGGCACUCGGAACUAAUUUAGGCAAGUUGCAAAUAUUUAUGAAUCAAUAGGUUCUUGCCACUGCCACAAUUUGAAUUUAAUAAAAUAAGAAAUAUAUAUUUACUUAUAUAUUAGGGAAGAAGUUGUUUGAUAGAGCAUGUGAUAUAAAUUAAAAUAUAUUUAUUAAAAGUAAACCUCCCCUUUCUCACCAAAUAUUAACUAGGUACAAGUUCUCAUGUCUUGUACAAUGCCUCCUUGUCUUCACUGGGUAAUUACGUUUGAAAACCCUACAUCACCUGUAAAAGGUGAACCACUUCCACCUUCUAUCCAGUAUAGAAACCAUGGACUGGUAAAUAACUUUACGUUGCCAGGAGUCGUUCCUACUGACCCAAUUUAUUGCAUGUGGUAUCUUUAUAGUAGAUAUUAAAAAUAUAAGUUAAUGUCUUCUCAUUCCUCAGCUAAUACCUUCAGAAAACUUUGUAAAAGAAAAGAAAGCAUGGGUACCCUAGUUGCUAAAUCAUUUAAGAUAUUUCCUAAAAUUGACCAUUAGUGCUGCAGUAAAAACAAAUUAUAUUCUUACUUAAAAAAUGUAGUCCAGUUUGAACUAUUAUAGCCAGCACAGUAAAUGGGCAAUACAUAUGCAGUGGGGCUGAGAUUUAGGCCUUUAACAAUUCAUGUUUUAUAUAAAAAAUAUAUAUGUAUACAAUAUAUAUAUACUAAAAACUUCUCAAAGUGAAAAUUACACAUUUUUCUCCAGUUCUAUUAACACGUCUAUCUAUAUCUUGCAAUUUCAAAUUGUUUUAUCAAUCAUUAACUAUACUUGACGAUUUCCCAACCAGAGCCCUCUCGAAAACUUGCCAGUGGGUGUCUAGUGAUAGUUACAACAAUUUGUGUGAAAUGCCACACAAAUUUAGGGUAUGAAUUCCUGGAGUAUUUAUUUGAAGACUAUGAAAUUGAUGGAGAGGAGAGAGGAGGAAGUUGCCAAUUAGAAACUCAACAAUUCAGUUAAAAUGACAAAGAAUCCAAUGAAAUGUCCAGAGUAACACUUGGACUCUACUUUCCUCACCCUCAUACUGUGUCACAGACUUAGCCUUCUUUACUAGGGUCACCUCAUACUAACUUACUACAGGAAAAGAACACCAACAAAUAUGAUUCUUUCCGUUUGAAAAAAUUUUGAGGCAAAAGAAUGUGUAACUAAGUUCCUAUAGGAAAAUGUAUCUUCAGGAAUAUGAGAAUUGCUUUUAUGUAGUCAGCCUCUUUUGAAUUUCCUCAUGAAGGUAUGUUUUAUCAGUAGGGAGAGAGCAAUCUAAUGUGUGUGCAUUCUCUAUAUAUGUAUUUGACAGAUUGCCCACCUUUUCUCCAUGGAAUUACCACAAAUCCUUUUCUUGCUCAAGAGUGUGAGUCUUGUAUCAUUUCUUCUGCAGUUAUUCUGAUGGAGGAGGCAAUCGAUAGUUUAAAGACGCCCAUGGAAGUACCGUGAGAUGCUGGGCACAUUUUCUAGGCAGGUGGAAGGCUUGCUAGAUCUGGAAGCCAUCUUAAAGGUCAUGUAGAAUCAAGGUCCCGCUUUAUGUUUCCUUCAGGAGAAAAUUGAUAUCUAUGGGUGCCAUCAUUUGCUCAAAGACAGAGAAACCACCAGGAGUAGCUAUGCCUACUUCCACAUUCCUGAUACAGGACCGUGUCUCUGGCUCCAUCGUGUUUGGCUCCCAACUAGAGGGAGCAGAAGCUAAGAGCUGUCACCUGGCCUUGAAACAAGCCCUUGUGCAUUUAAGUGUUUUCCCAGAUUUUUCAGAUGGGGCAGUCCCUUAGACUUGGAGGUCAUGAAUGGUUGAUAGGCACUUUCUUAUUUUUAUAUCCCCCAGUUCUUUGUUUGAAAUUCAAACUCGUUUAUCCUAAAGUGAUAGGCAAACAAACAAACAAAAAAGACUUUAAGUAGAGGUGUGUGUUUUGCAGUCUUCUAAUUCAUCAUCUUGUGAUCACAAUUAUUAUUUGGGGGAUUUGUGUCACUCCCGGCACUUUACAGAGGCAUUAUUUAUGGCGUUUCUCACAACAAACUUGUCAGAUAAUCGAUGACAGCAGGGCUACAUUUUUUAUGUGAACUUUGAAAAACUUUCAUGUUCAACAGAAAUUUGGGGAAGUAUUUUAUGUGGCAAUAUUUUACACAUCAAGUUUGUCCUUUCAAACUCCGAUAGGCAAUUAAAUUAACUGAUGUUUAGAUAAAUAAGAUGUAAGCUAAAAUUACUAAAUAAUACGAAAAUCACAUUUUACUGAAAUUUUCAGACAUUUUCCCCUAUUUUAAGAUUUUAACAUUUUGUAAAUGGUUGAGGGAGAGGAAAAAUACAUUCAUAGUGAAAAUGUUUCUUUUAACAAUUCUAUUUUUUAUUUUAACUUCCAUGUCUGCUUUCUUAGCCCAUGUUCUGUAUCUUCAUUGUCAGAAGUAUUAUAUUAAUGCACUUAAAAUUUCUAAUCAUUUUUGGGGCCAAAUAAUUGAUACAAUUAAUUUGUUUCCUAAUUUUAGGAUGAUUUUAGAUUUAAAGCAUAAAAUCAAGCCUUUCUGUAGACAAAAAAAAAUGGAGAAAGGCCUACACUCUCAUCCUAUAAUCAUGCUAAUGUUGGAGUUUCAUUUCUAUAUUAAUUCACCCAAGAAACCCACCACGUCAAAGGAGUUAUUAUCAGAUAUCCAACAUUCAAAGAUCCAAAAUCAGACAAAGAAGGAGAUUGUGAUGAUCAUUUAAUUUUUGUUUUACAAAGUUACUGCAGGACUUUUGUCAAAGAAAAUAUCUUGGAGGAGUAUUUAUGGUGGUUUAUUUGGCAGAAGGUCUGAAAGCCAAGGAAAAUAAGGAAUAAAAUGACAGUUGUAUCUUGAUAUUAAAUAUCCAUCAGAAAUUAACAAAAUAUAGGUCCAUAUGAAAGUAUAAUUUUAUUAAUCAAAUUCAAAUUUACUCGUCUAUUACAUAGUUCAAAAAACAAUGCUUAUUCUGGUCAGAAAAAUAUCAGUGAGUAAGGGGGGAAAUUCCAAACGUUUUGUGAAAACCUAUAAUGAAGUAUGAUUCUUUUUAGUUAUAAGACACUCCAUUAUUUUAGCUAUAGUAGGUGGUGCAUAAAUGACAUUAACAAAUCAGGCUGCUCCUUGAUAAGAAAACUGGUAUCAUCCUUACUGCAGACCACAAGAGACUUCUGGGACCUGCAGAGGCGCCCCCACCCCAGCCUCAGCGCACACAUACGUUCUGGGCUUUUUCAUGUUCUACCGAAGUUCCUUUUUAAGAUCCAAACAAAAUUAUCCCAUCUUGCAAAACCCUUAUCCCUAUGAAUAUCUAAAAUAUAUUAAAUUAUGCUCUAUGUUUUCUUUUUGUAAAUCUUUAAUUAAUAUAUAUAAAAUACUUUGUGAAGUCUUAUACUGUACAUUAUAAAGAGAUGUCAUUUGUAGUUGAUUUAAAUAUAAUGUUUAUGGUCAUUUUGAUAAAAAAUAAUUUUGGGCAUUAGGCCCUUGUUAAGAAAUAAAACACCCAUUAUAGAUUUUCUUCUAUUGGAAAAUAUAUAAUCUGGCAUACUUUAUUUUUAGUUAUAAUCUAUUCCACAUAGUAGCCUGGGGACAUAUGUACUUAAAAAACUAGUCAAACCACUUUUUGGAAUAAAAUGCAAAAGAAUAGCUGUCCCUAAAACCAAAAUGUGAAUUUCUGGCAGGAAAGAACAUAUAAUAAUGAGGCAAUAAUAAAAUUAGGAAAUUAAUUUUUAACCCUGUCUGUGUGAUUUUUCCCCCUUGGUAAAAAUAUGUAAAAUACGUAGUUAGAGAAAUACGUUCUUGUGAAUUCAUAAUUUUUAUAUCUCAAUCCUUAACAGAUGAACCUAAUCUGUUGUUUCCAAUGUCUUAUUCAUAAUUCUAAGAAAUUCACAAAUGAUACUGCUACAAGAAAGAUAAUAUAUAGUUGUACUACACUAAAAUUUGCUCUAUCACUUAAAAAAAAAAAAAAGGUAAAGCAGUUCAAAAAUACUACUUUAAACCACACCUUUGCAUGACUGAGAUUUUGAACAACUCAAUGGGUGGUUUUACCCACAAGUUAUUUAUUAUUGCUAGCACUGUAAUAUUCCAUGAUUUCCUUAUAUUUUUGUUAUGUGAAGUGUAACUAUGUAAUUCAAUAAAUUUGACAAUCAUAUUCUGCUAACCUUAUAAUGUUACUGAUACCUUAUAACUUGCUAUUUUCAAAAUAAAGUGAAAGAAGGCCCUUUAUUAA